AUGGAUGACGAAGAUGCCGAUGGCGGCAAACCUUCAAGUACUUUUUGGGAGCUACACCAAAGGCUUGCUGAUUGUUAUGUCCAAGACAUGGCCCUCAGCCCGCUCAGCAGGCCUACAAAAGCCCGCGAACCCGCUCAAGGUGGGCUUGACACCCUUUCGGCUCUUCGGCGCAUUCGCUCGGGGAGGCGUACUUCCACAGAUGUCAUCACUGAAAGGCGCGAGGUCAGCAUCUCGACUCUGCUGGAUGGAAAGAACCGAGCUUGCACCGAGACCCAUAUUACUUUGGCCCCACAUCCAUGUUGGAAACAGAAGAAGAGGGAGCACUCCGCUUCGAUGAAUCGAGCCGUCUCUGUGGAUGCUCUGAUGGCAUCUGGAUUCACGCCUGGUUCCAAGAUCCAAUCCCCUGCAAAGCCUCUUACUUUGGAGCUCCCCGAGGGAAAAGGUGGAGGACAAGCGAGAUCCUGUGUGCUGCACCCUGGAGGGAUGCGGCGUACAUUGUGGAACAUGGCAGUUGCUUUAGGCGUCCUGCAUGAUCUGAUUUUUGUCCCGAUGUAUGUCUUCGAUCUGCCCAACACGCUUUUCUUCCGAAUGAUGGAAUGGAUAACGCAAAUAUUUUGGAACUUUGACUUCCUCGUUUCGAUUGUUACAGGUUACUAUGAUGCAGGCGUAUUGGUCCUGGACUUGAAACGAGCCGCCUUGCACUAUGCAAGGACUUGGAUGCUCUUCGAUGUACUCCUCAUAGCCAUGGACUGGUCAAUUGUCUGGCUUGACAGUCUGGGAUCUGAGCAGGGAGACCUUUUACAGUGGUCGCGAACGAUUAGCAUGCUGUGA